GAGCUUUGUGACGUCAUAUUUAAGGGGGGGGUCUGACUCCCUUGGCAGUAUAACACGAAGGCUUAUCCAUAAUAAAGGUAGUUUGGGUUAGAUCGCGUAAAUACAAAAGUUUCGUUGGACAGCCACUUAGUAAGAUUUGUCACGCAAACAACUUCAGCGGCAGACCGGGCGCGUGGUUGGGGCAGUUAAAAAAUUUUUUAAAGCGCCGCACAAUUCGUGGUGGCCAGGUUUGAUGUAGCGACACCUAGCGGCUGCAGAACGUGGCGACUCCUUGACUCCUUGCCUCACUCGUCUCUGUCGCUCUGAGGCCACCAGCAGCCCCCUCUCGCUCUUGUGGUCGACGAAGGAAGGGAGGAAGGAGGAGGCUUCUCGUGGAUAUCGCGCUGCGCUCGCAUCACGCAGGACACUUGCCGGACGAAGAAGAUCAACGUCUGUGGGGGGCCCUCGGCUCUCCGAUCGAUGGGCACGCCGCGACAACGAACACCAGCUUCUACUACAACGUCUUCUACUACUACUACUGAUGUUGUUGCUGGUGGCGGUGGUGACGGUGUGACUUUUUAAGCGGCGGUUUUAAAGUUUAGGCUGCGGGGUUGGGGCGGCGGCGAUAGACAGCGGGGAGCGAGAAUCUUGCGCGGGGAAUAAUAUCUCCGUCCUGUAGCCGGGAGGGAGCGACAUCCUCGUCAUCCUACGUGCUGUGGGUGUGUGUGUGGGUGGGUGCGAUGGGCGACGUGGCGGCCGAGUCUGCCCCGAGGAGGAGGCAGCAGCAGCAGGCCGGCAAGCUGUCGGCGAGCCUGCGCGGCUACGAGACCCUCAACGUGCUGCUGCACGAGGCCCGCACCGAGUCGGGCCUCCUGCAGGAGCGACUCGCCCGGGCCCAGCUCGAGCUGCGGGCCGCCCAGUCGCGGCUCGCUCGCUACGAGCCCUGCCGGCUCAGCCUGGACGCAGCCGCAGCCUCCCCCGCCGCGGUAGCAGCAGCCGCCGGCGGUGGUGGUGGAGGAGGAGGAGGAGGAGGAGAGGCCGUCACCGUCACCACCACCACCGACGGCGGCAGCGGUGGCGGUGACGGCGCAGGCGGUGGGCGGUGGGCAGGAGGAGACCCGCCGGUGGUGUUCACCGUGCCGGGCGGUCGUCCCCUGGUGGAGAGCCUCGCCCUGGAGGUGGCGCGGCUGAGUUCGCGCCUGGGCGCGCCGAGGGAGCGCGGGGGCUGGGACCGGGAGCUGUCCACGGGCCUCGGCCCCGACGAGCUGUUGGAUGUGAUCCUGGUGCUGGAGCGGUCUCUGUCGGAGAAGGAAGCCGAGCGGGCCGAGGCGUUGAAGGACGGGGCGGGCGAGGACCCGCCGGGCGAUGGGGCCACCAGGGAGCGCGGUGACGUGCCCGCUCACGAGCUGCGCGUGCGUCUCGCUGCUGCCACCGAGAUGUGCCAACAGCUCAGCCGCAGGCUUCGGCAGGACGGGCCGGGCAGCACGAGAGUUCGGGACGCCGUUAAGGAGGAGUGGUCAGGUGAAGCGGACCGUCAGCAAAAGGCGUUGCAGCGAUUGGCUCGACUGGAAGAGGAGAACGAAAAACUGCGCAGCGACCUGAGUCACGAGCGGGAGGAGAACGUGCGCUGGAGACAUUACGAAGCCUCGCUGCAGGAGUGCAUUCAGAGCCUCCAGUCGCAGGUCUUGGGGCUGCACGGCCAACUCGCCGCCGCGUCCGGCGAGGGCGGCGGCGCGGCGGCCUCGAGCGACCCCGCGGACUCGCGGCACGGCGGCGAACCGGCGGCCUCCGCAGCGCCGUCCGGAGCCGUGUGGGGGACGGGACGCUCGCCCGCCUCGCGGUCUUGGCGCCGGCCGGAUCACGCCAGGGCCGUGCCGGUGGAGGCUCCGGACUCGAGCCAGCGGCGAAACCCCGGGGAGGCGACGUCCGUGCGCUGCGGGGACGCCCUGCAGCGGCACUUCGACGUGGAGGAGCUGAACGCUCUGCGGGCGGAGGUGGCGAGACUGAAGGGCAUGCUGGAGGAGAUUCUCGGAGGCCAGGAUGUGGAGGAGCUGGCCUCGCUGAGGGCCUUCGUGGGAUCCCAGGAGAAUAAGAUCGCCGGGCUGCAGGCGGAGCUGCACAGGAAGGAGGCUGCUCACAGGGAGCUGCACGCAAUAUUGCGGCAAGUCGAGGUGGAGCGCGCGGAUGAGCGCAAGUCUUCAAAAGAUUACAAGGAAAACAUCGACUUGCUGAAGCAGCAGAUGAUCAUAUACCAAGAGGACUUCAGGUCGGAGAGGAACGACCGCGAGAGGGCGCAGGCGUCUAUCCAGAAGCUGCAAGAGGAAAACGCGAAGCUACGCCAGCAGGUCCUCAGCUUCGAGAGGAUGAGCCCCAGAGCUAUGGAGGGCGGCGGACCCCAUCGAUCGGACAGGCUCAACCUUGACAUCGAGCCGGCUGAGCGCGUGGCUGGGCAGGCGUCUCCCGAGGGCGCCACGCCAAGACCAAGAGAUGAGGCGCUGGGCUGGCAGGGCGCCCGGAGGUAUUGAGGCUGAGCUGUUGGCCCAGCCUCAGCGAGUGAGGAUGCGCGAGCGAGUUCAUGUUCCGCCCGUCUUGAGCGUUCGAGGUUUGCAGGUUCCCAGCUUCCCAGUGGCAUUCGGGUCGUUGGACAGCUUCGUGGUCCAUCCUAAACCGCAUCUGCUGCACAAACCGUGGCAGCAGCGUGCGACCGAGGUCAUCCAGAACAGACCGUACAACGCAUAACGAUGCAAAUGCCCGAUCCACAAAUAUGAAGGAGACAUCACAGCGAUACAACUCUGCUACUCCUGACGUGGUUGUCUGGAUUGACCAUCUGAAUGUGAAAUUGUAGUCGUUCUGUAUCUACAUCAGCCGUACGAACGAAGAAGACGUCCAGGUUUUGCUCCACGUGCUGGUUAAAUCCGCAAUGAGAAAACCCGCGAUGGGAAAAGUCUCAAGUGUCCAUCGUGUUACAUAUACUCCUGAAGUGCAGUGUAUCGUCCGCACACACAAACAAUACUUAAUGUUUAUAUAAUACACUAGCUUUACUACCCGGCUUCACCCGAGACUUGGAUUCUUGUCUUGGAUUAAUACACGGCCUCCGCGGAGGGUGGGUGAUGCGUGACGCUUCCGCAUGCGGGUGACAUCACAGAUGUGACGUCAUCGCUCACUUGCCGUGCAAAAUAUAUCCAUUAUUGCGCCCCCCCCGCCAAAAUAUAAAUGUCUAUUUUUAUACUUUUUGCAUU